AUGAAUACUGCAAUAAUUGGAACGUUGUCCUACCUAACAAGCAAUUUUUAUGUGCAAACUGUCAUUUGUGCUUUAUCUAGAAAAUUUGCUAAUGCACUUGAUAUGUUAGUAACAAGUUUGGAUGCAAAUAGUAAUAUUGAUUCAUCAAACGAUUAUAAUCAACAAUUAAUUAAGAAAAAUUCACAAUCCUCUACUACUACUUCCACUACUACAAUCACCACAACAACAAAAAGUAAUUUUGUUGAUUUACAUUUAAUCAACGGUUUUGGUAGUUUGGUAAUGGUUAGUGAUGAUGAAACAAUUAAAUUGGACAUGCCAUGUGAUAUUGAUCAUGAUUGUGGUUAUUCAAAUGGACUAUAUUGUCAAAUGAAACGUUGUAAAUGUAAAUCACGUACAUUUUGGUCACAUAAAAAUCAUACAUGUAUUUCGUGUCGAGAUUUAUCAAUUGGUAAUAGAUGUUUUCGAUUUUCAUCAAAUAAAGCAACAUGGUAUGAUUCAAAUGAAUACUGUAAAGAUGAAAUAGAGACAGAUGAUAAUGAUGAUUUAAAAUCAGGUUAUAGUUUAAAAUUAGCAAGUAAUCUAAAUAUAACCGAUAUUGAAUUGUUACGAUACAGUUUAAAUGAACAUGUGGAUGAUAGUGUAUUGGACUAUUAUUAUUGGAUUGGUGCCACAAGUCAUAUUGAUACAAUUAAAUUACAUAAUUCAACAACAAUACGAAAAAAACGUCGAGUACCAAGAAUUGAUGAAAUAGCCGUUUAUGAAUGGUACGAUAACGGAGAACAUGCUCAACUAGAAUCAAUUGAUAUAUGGUGUCCAAAAGGUAGUGAACAAAUUAAAAAAGAUGAUCAAUGUGUGAGUAUCACAGGGUGUGGAUUAUACGCUGAUGAUUGUAAUAGAAAUUAUCGAUUUCUUUGCGAAGCAUAUUAA